GGACCGCAGUGCCCGGUCUCCGGUCUCUGGGCUGGGCAGCUGCCACCCUCCCCUGGCAGUGGCGCACAGGGGCACGGCGGGGGUUGGAAGGUCAGCAGCUGGACUCCGGAGAUGGACACCCAGGCCAACAGGAUGAACACCCUGCCCCCCAGCCCCCUGGCUUUGGAGUACCUCGACGAAUUUGACCUGCUGAAGUUCGAGGUGAAGCAGGAGGCGGCCCGAGCGGGCAGCAGCGCCUCGCUGGACUCCACCCCCUGCAGCUCCGUGCCCCCCUCGCCCACGUUCGACAAGGCGGGGGACCCUAAGUCCACCCUGGAAGAGCUGUACUGGAUGGCCACCCUCCACCAGACAGCUGGCGUGACGGCGGCAGGGGAGGGGCCCCCCCCGGAAGAGCCCACUGGUGCCGGAGCUUCGGUAACCCGAAGCUGGAUGGGCGCCCUCCUGGGGAGUCCCCUGAAGCGUGAAGGGGGGCUCUGCUUGAGAGCCGCCUCCCCAGCUUUCCAAGGGUUCCUGGGGACCACCAAGGGGCUUGCCGGAGAGCAGCAGCAGCUGUCUCUGCUCUCCGACCGCUUCACCGACGCCCAGCUGGUCUCCAUGUCGGUGCGGGACCUGAACCGGCAGCUCCGCGGCUUCGGCAAGGACGAAGUGCAGCGCCUGAAGCAGAAGCGCCGCACCCUCAAGAACCGUGGCUACGCCCAGUCCUGCCGCUACAAGCGGGUGCAGCAGCGUCACGUCCUGGAGGCCGAGAAGUCUCAGCUGGCCCAACAGCUCGAGUCCCUGCGGGUCGAGAUGGCCCGGGUGGCCCACGAAAGGGAUGUGUACAAGGCCCGCUGUCAGAAGCUGCUGGGAGACACCGCAGGGGGACGCUACGGGGAGGCGGCAGAGCCAUCUGCCCCACAGCCUGCCUCUCUGGCCCAGUUUUUUCUAUGAACAGCCUGCAGCGUGCAGUGGACAGUGGGAGUGGAACGGGAGGUGGUGGCCGUUGGUGGACUGACGAGGCGUUUCCCCCUUUUGCCCCACUGGAGGGCGACAUAAACCACGGCUCCCAAUAGGCUCCUCCCCCUUUUUCACGACUUGGGUCUCAAGAGAAUUAGGCCAAACAGGUUUCACGAUCAGCAGGUCCACACUACAAACACGAACGGGUGUUAGGCCGGUUUCACCGUUGUGGCUACCUCUCUAGGAAUUCUGGGAAUUGUAGUUGGGGCGGAGAAGCUGAGGAGUCCGGUUUAGGGAGCCCGGCUCCAUCUCUCAGAAAUAAAAUUCCCAGGAUUUUGUGAGUGGGGAAAAAUGAUCGAGCCAGUUCAAGUCUGUGGUGUGGACCUGCACGGGACGGUGCAUGUCAUAAAGGCUCGGACUUGAAGGAAA